CUGGAUCGGUUCUCCGCAGCUUGAGUCCCCGCGCGGCUCAGAGAGCGAAACCAGGAGAGCAGCUCGCCUGCAAGUUCUGUUCCUCCUGUCACACCUCCUCUAAGCUGUAACGGCAAACACGUGUUGUUGUUGUUGUUGUUGUUGUUGUCGUGAUGUCGACCCCCGGGGGCUCCCUGGCCUGUGAGGGAAUGUACUCCAAGCUCAUAGAGGACGAGGUGAACAGCAGGCCAGAUGUUGGACUCCACGCUCACCCGGCCCCCCGCGUCAGAAUGGCCCCCAUACCGGGCGGCCCCGGGCCCUACCGCCUCGCCACCAUCUGCCUGGCUGCGCUGAGCGCCGUGCUGCUGAUCUCCAUCAUCGCCGUCACCAGUAAGAAAGGACCUCAGAGAGACGCAGGAGGGACCUCAGAGAUGCAGAUGAAGGACGCAAACACGUCGGCUCUGAUCGCCACCAUCAGCAAGCUGCAGCAGGAGAAGGAGGAGCUCCAGGCCAAGCUGGACCUCAUGGCGGCCACCAAAGUCCCCGAGGCGAUCAAACCCCCGACCAGGACCCCGACCAGGGCCCCGACCAGGGCCCCGCCCGUCUGCUCCCCGGACUGGAGCCUCUUCAACGACAGCUGUUACUUCAUCUCCAGGACCUCCAGGGAUUGGCCCGAGAGCAAGUCGUUCUGCGAGAGCCAAGGAGCUCACCUGGCCAUCAUCCUCACGGCGGAGGAGCAGACGUUCCUGUGGGAUCUUCUUCCCAGAGGCCACUGGAACUCGUACUGGUUUGGGAUCACUGACGAGCACACAGAGGAUCAGUGGAAAUGGGUGGACGGCACCCCGCUUGUCGGAGGGUUCUGGGAGGCGGGCGAGCCCAACAACCACAUCGACGAGGACUGCGGCUACAUCGUGAAGACGCAGGUGAUGGAGCGCGUGGCGAUCCGGAGCUGGUACGACGCCCCGUGCAGCAUGUACCUCCCCUUCAUCUGUGAGAAACAGAUGGGCGGGGGCGCCAGCACCGCCGUCCCCCACUGAGGACGCCGUCAGACCAGAUGAAUGAAACGAGAAGAGCGGAGUGUGUGUGGGACGUGUGGAGGACGCGGGGGGGACGUGUGGAGGAUGUGUUGUGUGGAGGACAUGUGGGGGAUGUGUUGUGUGGGGUACGU